AUGGCCUCCCUUAUGCUCAGCAUCUUCGUUGUCGAAGUUGUCGUUAACCUCGUCAAUACCAUUGGAGCCGCCGCAAUCAACAAUUUGCUCUGGACAAUAAUCAACUUCCUCCCCGUAUCAACAGCAAAGGCUGCAGGCGAGCAACGCAAGCUCCAGGCCGAUUACCUCAAGGUCCGACGAGAUCUGAACUCCACGAGUAGUCAGGAUGAAUUUGCCAAGUGGGCAAAGCUCCGUCGUCAGCACGACAAGCUCCUCGAGCAGCUAGAGAAGACCAAGAAAACCAACGAGGCAGCUCGAUCAAACUUUGACAAGAUCCUCACCGUUCUCCGAGUCGUCGUUACACGCGCGCCGCAAUACUUCCUGCCCUUCUGGUACGCCACAGAGCCCAUGUUCUGGCUUCCUUACGGCUGGUUCCCAUACUGGGCAGAAUGGAUUCUGUCUUUCCCUCGCGCCCCCAUCGGAAGUGUCAGCAUCGCUUCGUGGCAGUUGGCAUGCACAGGAGUUAUCGCGCUUUUCAGCGACUUGAUCGUGGGUAUCGCUGGUCUGCUCCUCAACGCGAAGCAGGCCAAGGAAGCACCCGUCGCAGCCGAGAAGGUCGCCGCGGAGGAGAAGAAGAAGUCAUAA